AUGCUGGUCGACGGCCACAUGGUGGAGGAGCGCCUUAGCGCCUGGCAGAAGAAGAAGGUGCGUACUAUUGUUGUCAAUAGCCGCUCAAAGGUAGCAUCUCGGCGUUCCAUUGCAGGUGCCAUCUCUAUUGCGAAGCCGUACGACAGGAUUGAGCUGGUGGGUGGGGAAUACUUCGAAACGCUCUCCAUCACCUUCCCACUGGAGAUCGUCGCGGCAGAGGGCGAGGACCCCAGCAUCGUGUCACGCGGCACGUGUGUGACCAUCACGCAGGAUGUGGAGGCCUACUUUGAGCAUGUUGAAUUCAUUUCCAAGGGAAAGGGCAGAACGGAGGCGGCUGUGGCCUUGAUGCACGGUAGGGCCGUGUUCUUUCGGUGCAAGCUGAGCUCUGUUAUUGUGGGGGGCUUCGCCAGACCACACAUGGAGCACUGCACCAUUGCUGAGAGUUACAAUGGCUACGGGGUUCAGAUCAGCGACAACAGCAACGUGGAUAUACAGCACUGCACUGUCCAUACACACCAUAUCGCCUGCGUAGACAUUGACACCAAGGGCGUGGUGAUGUUGCAGGAAAGCACCCUACGUCAGCCUGCAAAUGGGGGAAACGUCGUUUCAGUGCGGGCCUCGCAGAGCUUCAUGGAUGAGACCACUCCCGUAGAAAACCUUGCAUGUCGAAAAGUAACCGUCACAAAGUGUCAUAUUUACGUCACGUCCGAAUACUACAAGCCGAAGGAUCGCGAAUGGAUUGGUGACACGGCCACAGGAUCACCAAGUUGUGUCCUGAUAUCACGUGGUGCGUGCCCUGUGUUCACUUUUAAUGAGCUUCUCGAGGGAUUCAUAGGUUUUACGUUUGAGUUUGCCGGGUCCGCAGUUUUGGAGGGAAAUGUCAUAUGCAAUCAGAAGCAAUGUGGCAUCCUUGCCAUUGUGGAUGAGAAGAGCUACUCCGCCGACACCAAGGAGCAAAAUCUCCGCAUCACUGGGGGCAACCUCAUUGAUCGGUGUCAUAUCGGUAUUGAUGUGCAUUGUGCAGGCAAGCCCGUUCUACCAAUUGGGAGUGAGCAGGGAAGCAUUCUCUCUCAGAACCUUCCCUCAUGCGGUAAUGCGUUUAGCUGGCUCGAGAGGCUACGCAGGACAUGUGAUAAGCGCUCCAUAUCCGUACGCGACCAUGAGGGCAACAUCCCUGUUCGCGUGAAUAGCCAUACCAUGGCGCUCGAGCGACUCAAAGAGGAACUGCGGUUACUGGCGCGGUUGGUGUGCGCUGGUCACCCUUCCCACUUCAGCGGUAGCGACUCCCAGCAGGGACGUCACGGCGGCAGUGGGGUAAAUUUCUUGGGGGAGACGCUGCGGGAGACACUCAACAUAUCGGUGCCAUCACCGAACACCGCGGAGGCGGCGGCUCAGAUGCUGAAACUCCGCGGUAACAGAGGCAUUGACAUUCUAGACACACGCUUCUCCAGCUGUGGGUUGUGCGCGGUUCGUUUCGAAAACGAUGGUUAUGGGCUUGUAGAGGACUGCGACUUUGUGAACUGUGGUGCGACUGCCAUCGUGGUGGGCAGUGGCGCACACCCUUUGAUUGUGGGGUGUAAGUUUGACCAGUCGAAGGGAGCAGGCAUUUUUGUUGACAACUUCGCUAAUCCUCUUAUUAUGGGAAACGAGAUCUCAAACAACGCAGAGCACGGCAUUGAGUUUCGUAACUUGUCAUGCGGUAUUGUGAUGGGGAAUCUAAUUAUAGGGAAUACCCUGAGUGGAGUGUAUGUAUCAAGUGGAAGCACCACCAUAGUGGCAGGCAACUGCAUCCAGCAGUGUCAUUCCACCGGAGUGACGGUCUCAUCUGGAAGCAGACCUGUGCUUGUCAUGAACAAAUUUGUAUCUAACCUUGCUACACAAGUGCUGGUGUCUGAGUAUUGCACUCCAGUUAUUGCUUGCAACAAUUUUCUUGCCAGUACGGGUGCGGGUCUCCGCUUCGAGUCAUGCAGUGGGGGAACAGUGAUUGACAAUACCAUCGCAAGCAACGAGCGGGGAAUUGUGGUGGAACUGGAUGCCGAUCCUUACGUCGUCUCAAACAAGAUCACCAACUGUUCACGUCAUGGUGUAGUGGUGGGAAAUAAUGGUCUUGGCACCUUUGUGUCCAAUGAGAUUACGCAAAGUGGUAGCUGCAACUUUGUCGUGCAGGAGGGAGGCUCCCCGGUUGUGCGAAACAAUAUUAUAAAACAGGGCCACUCCGGUGGUGUGGCAGUUCUCGCAGAGGGAUUCGGAACAAUAGAACACAACCUCAUCACGGAAAAUGCUGUGGGGAAUGUCAUUGUGUUAGACCGCUUCACUGAACCUGUAUUCGUAAGCAACACCAUCUCAUCUUCAUUUAGCGGGGCUGGCGUUAUAUGUGGUCGGGAAGCAUGCGGGAACUUCAUGCGUAACUCUAUAUACCAGAACAAGCAGUGUGGGGUGUAUGUCAUUGGAAAGGCAAACCCAACGAUGGUGAAUAACACCAUAACCUCUGAAACAAUUGGUAUCAUUGUGUCUAGUCACGGUCGCGGCAUCUUCAAGGAAAACAACAUACAUACCUGCCACAGUUCUGGUAUCAUUAUUCAGUUGAACGGCGAACCCGUCAUACAGGGCAACACGAUAUCCAAGUGCUUUCUCAGCGGCCUCUUAGUAGCACCCGAAAGCAGUGGGAGCGUCAUUGGCAACACGUUUCAUGAGAAUGACGUGGGGGUGCAGCUCGGUUCCACUCUGGGCACCACGGAGCUCGAUUUAGAGAUCAAUCUCGUCAGCGGCACCCCCUCCCCAAUCUCUGCAAGCGAAAAGAUCGGUCCGUUGAAGCCACGCCGCUCACUCGCCGCCAAGAAAGGAGUAGAGUUCCAAACAGGGAGUAAGUCAAACCCGACAGAAGUGCGUCAGAAUAAGAUUUGUGCGAAUGCUACGUGUGGUGUGUUAUUGGAAAGCGGGGCCUGUGGGGUAUUAGAGGAUAAUGACAUUGAGUCCAACGAGAUGUACGGUGUCAUGGCGGAUGUGGGGUAUAGCGCGAAACGAGCCCAAGAAAAGCUUGGGAAGAAGCUUGGGCAAGGCGGCUGGAAGUUGCCGCAGGUAACAGCCGGCGGUGGUAGUGCUAUUAUUCGCAGCAACCGCAUUUUUCACCACAAACACUCAAAUAUUGCGAUUCUUGACCAUGCAUUUAAUGGCAUUACUAUCGCUUCCAACGAUGUGUAUGAGUCCCCGUCAGGGGUUUAUGUGAGAAACAACGCCACGAUUCACUCUAUUUUUGGUAAUACGAUUCGUGACUGCUUUGACGGUGUUUACGCUGAGAGCGGUGGUCGUGGGUGUUUUGAGAACAACAAGAUCCAGGAUUGCAGCGGUGUUGGGGUUUACGUCUUUGAUCGUGCUGACCCGCUGUUCAAGAGUGGCAACGUGAUAGAAAGGUGCCAAGCAGGAGGUGUUUUCGUCGACGUGGGUGGCAGAGGCGUGUUUUCUCAGACGACUGUGACUAACUGUGUGGUGGGUGUCGUGGUGUAUACGUGCCAGCCCAUUUCUUCCGUCGUCCAAGAGGAAGAUUAUGUGAAAAGUGGGUUUCUGACGUCAGCGCCAACGUUUGAGCAAUGUGUCAUUGAGAAGAACUCACUACAUGGUGUGCUCGUGCUUACUGUCCCAAGUGGCUGCCCGCUGCGGCGCCAUACGAACGAUGCGCUGAAGCACUACCAAAAAGUUGAAGGGCUUGUAAACGCCCCUGGUGUGGCCAUGUUCCCGCAGUUCCGGCAGAAUACGAUCCGCAACAAUCGUCAUAUUGGUGUAUGUCAUGAGACAUACUAUGCCGGUGAGUUCGCGGAGGGGCAGGACGGCGCAACACCGUGCACCAGUCCGUCGAAGUCGAAGCGUGCAACGCACUCUCACAUGCACCCACACCGCCGCACAAGUGGGGUGCACCUCUCCCGCUCGACACACCGAUACUCCCUGCAAGAGGCGCUUGGAACCUCCACCAUGUUCAAUGCUGAUGAUCACCACCAAGAGCGCAUGCGACGGCAAGUGAGUUUUGUGGAUAAUAUCAUCACUAAUUGCUCCAUUGGUGUUGUGGUUGGUGGUGGCUGUCACCCUUUUCUCCUUCGGAAUCGUAUCCACAGCAAUGCCUUCUUUGGGAUGCUUCUGCGGUUGAAUGCAAAAGCCAUGUGUUGUGGCUGCGAGCUUACGGAUAAUGGCAUUGCCGGGCUGUAUGCCGCGCAGGGGGCCAUUGGUGUCUUUGCCUACGGUGUUAUUCGCCGUAACAACAGUUUUUGCCGUCCCAAUGGAAGUCCGAAUGACCCGCGCUCGUUUCACACGCUUCCAUUUGUGCAGCCGGUGGCGCAGGUCGAGAGCUCUUCAUUUGUGUUUGACGACUUCUUACACACCGCCUACGUGGAUGUGAUGAACCUGCACGAAUGUUACGCCAAUAUUGUAGCAGACGGGUUAUGCUUGCUCUGUGAGGUUGUCGCCGCCUCUUCUAAUGGCCUGUCCCUCGCGGCCGCCACGUUUCCUGGCGUUCAAUACGAUGCAGUCAGGGCGUCCUCCAACGGACUUCUGUUGGAAGACUACGACCGGGGGUGGGCCGCGGAUGGUGGCAUUGGUGCAUGGAUGGUGCAGGGCAGUAUGACGGAAGUCACUGGCAACCUGGUUGAGGGCAAUCGAAACAUUGGCGUCUUCUACUCACGUGGUAUAGAGCACCACCACCAAAACGUGACACACUUCCCUGUGUACCCCGCUGGUGGGUUCCCGACCAUCCCGGGCGGCGAAGUCAUCUCUGGUCGUGAGCGCAGCACGCAGGAUCAGUCGGGGCGGUGUCUGUUGUUCUCUUCCAACGCCGUGAACCCGCGCUGCGGCGACACGGAGCGUCUUUCGCCCUCGUCGCUGCCCUCAGGCCGCGGCCACAACGGCAGCCACGACCCACACACACCUCCUGGCACGCCGCGGGACGGGGAGGCCUAUUCGGCGCUCGCAGACGCACCGUUGCUCCUCCGACGCCCGGGAGCCGUCCGCGGAAAUCGGAUCACGAAGAACGGUUACGGUCUUGUCAUGCACUUGCACCACGUCACGAAGGCGCAUGCCUUUAACGAUGGGAACGCGUCUGACAGCACGUCAGCGCGCGCGCAAGAGCUGGGCACAGGCGGCUCAAAGGGCAACGCGGGGCGGAAGCCAGCAGCGCGCCGGAAAGGGUCAAAGGUCCUGGUCACUUCCCUCAGAGAAGGCAAGCUGCGCAGGGGGUCCUCUGCUGCCAAGACAAGGAAGGAAAACGAGAGGGCAGGUGACAGCUCGCACAAUUCGGCGGCUCCUGCUGCCGUCACUAGUGUCACUGCUACUUCUACAGCCACCAUCGCCCCCACCACCAAAGUUGCCGGCGCCGCCUCUUUGAUGUUGUCGAACACUGAUCUAGGGGAGCCUGAAUUCGCAGUGACUGUUGAGGAAAAUCAUGUCUUCGAGAACUGCAAAAUGGGUGUUCUUUGCCAGCACGUCGUUGAGGCCAUGUGCGGCCGCUUGUUGACCUCCCGGCUUGCGUUUGAAGAUGUAGCCAAGGAGUACGACGACGUUUGCGUCCAAAUCACCUUGAAGGGAGAGUUGAAACAGCCCAAACCGCGCUUCGAACUUGUACCCUUCGGACAAAUGACGCGUCAUGCCAGACUCUCGGGGAAUGAAAUCUACAACAAUGCCUCCACACAGAUGGAAGUGACAUCCCGGUACGUCGCCAUUGCACUCGAUAAGACGCGCACGUUGCUUCAGCUCGAUACGCUGCGCCAUCCUAAUGCCUCCAUGUGUUCCUCUCAAGCACUUAUUCGAAUUCCUUUGUUUGCUUCACUGAUAAUGACUACGCCACCUGGUAUGUUUCUAAUAGAAAGCAAUCGUUUCCGCGAUGGUGCUAGGGGUAUUCAUCUAGUGGGUCUUCUUGGGAGUAAUUCCUGUUGCCUGCGUCAUAAUGCCUUUGUUAGUAUUGCUGGCACGGCUGUUCAUCUUGAGGGGCAUCUUGCCUCCGCAAGUAUCGGGAAUGGAAACGUCUUUGAAAUGAACGAUGUUGCUGUUCGAAUUGUGUUGCCGGAUGGCAACAUAUCGGAAGAGGAUCGUAAGCAACAGGAGGCAAUGGGUGUGGUGACACGUAUUUAUGGAAACCUCUUCUCUGCACCCAGGUCCAUAUCUGUGACUGUGGAAGGAGGAGGUGCGUUACCACCGGUUAUCUCUGGGAAUAAUUUCUCCAAUCAUAUGUGCGGCUCUGUGGCGUUCUUCAUCGACGGAAGUACUGUCAGUGCGAGGCUGACUAAAAACGUUUUCACUGAAAACUACAUCCCAGUCAUUAUAUCCAACCGAGCUGGUACGGGAGAAGGUGCAGGCGGCGCCGUCGUUGCUGAAGAGAACCGCUUUUCUAGAAACUACAUUGGGCUGUUGGUGUGCGGCGGUGCUGCGCCGAGGCUUCUGCGCAAUGUGUUUGAGCAGAAUUACCGGGCAGGAUUAGAGAUUGUAGGGGACGAGACAAAGCCACUGGUGCGGCACUGUGUGUUUGCAAUGCACAAGCAGUGGGAGCAGGAGGCGUCUACAAAGGUGGUUUUCGCGUACCCGAAGGACGGCCAGCUGUGUCUGCAAGGCGUACCGAAGUUUGAGGCCACGCUCGUACCAGACAAUAGCGCGUCACCCAAUGGAAAAGGUCAUCUUCCCGCCGGUGUGCUCCUCAGUGCGGACGGCAAUGGUCUCGUGGAUCAGUGUCUUUUUAAGGAAAAUGCCAUUGGUUUGGAUGUCGUGCGCAGCGCCGCACCCAUCACUGUACAGCCGUGUUCCUCCUGCUUCCGCCUCACGUCGUGCUUCUUCACGGAAAAUGUGGUGUCGGGUGUAUGGGUGCGCGGCGGUGUGGUGUCAAACAGUAAGGUGGCUGCACGCGCAGUGCUGAGCGACACUUUGGCAGAUGUUGGGAGCCCGGCCAUCGAGGGCUGUUUCUUCGCGCACAAUGUGAAUGACACAGAGAACCUUGGCGAUGUCGUUGCCUUGGAUGGGGGAUUUGCUGCCUUUCGCGGGAAUAUGUUCACAGGAUGCGUUCAUGGCAAGAAGGACGGCAUGGCACUCUUUGAAAACAACACACUUCUCUUUUCUGGGGCUAUUGAUGUUGCUGUGCGCAUGCACAAGGCGACACGCAUACGGCUGGUGGGAAAUACGAUUCGCGGCUACAAGACUGGCGUCGUCACAGAACCCGGUGCGUGGGGUCAACUAGAAAAGAACUGGAUUCUGAACUCAACCCGCUCUGUCAUUGCAGCUCCGUUCUGUCACACACUCUUCACGGGCAAUCGCAUUAUGAAGGCGAAGGACUGUGGUGUGGUAACUUAUGGUGGUGUUUUCACUGACAACGAGAUAUGCUCCUGUCCAACAGGUGUAGUGGUUCAGAAUCCAAUAGAGUACAAAAAUUACGACCUAAUACCUGCCAUUGAGAGGACGGCGUUUGAUGCGUUGUUGUCAGAGAACCGAGUGCAUUCAUGCGAGGUUGAUGGUAUCUUAGUUGCAGGUGGAGCUCGUAUUGAGGGCAAUAUUGUUUUUAAUUGCAAAAACAACAUGAAUGUGAUUUGCCCUCAGAGAGUGGGAAAUGUGACAUCUAUUGCCACCAUCUCCAGGAAUGUACUGUACGAUGGUGAUGUUGGAAUUUUAGUGGCCAAAGGGUCUGAUUCGGUUAUUCGCGACAAUGACAUCUUCGAUAAUGCCUUUGUGGGGGUUUGGGUUCGGGCUGGAGCCUCAGGCGCCUUGCAAGGCAAUGCCAUCUCGAGCUCCCUGAGGGAUGGCGCACUAGAACUGGAACAAGGGUGUGAGAUGAAGGUCAUGCAGAACACUGUGCGCAACCAAUUCUCUCCGUCCUACCACAGGACGCUGCCAAUGCACCGCGAGAAGGAGCGGCAGCGAGCAGCUGAGGCGUUAGUGCUUGAGCUGCAGGAGCUGGACACUGCGGUUGCCGAACUUGGAGGGCGUUGCAACCAGGUGGAGAUGACCCUGCGUGCCAUACUGGAAUCGCUGAAGCAGGAGGGCGGUGCAGGGGAUGGUCUCAGCUCGCUGGGCGGUACGGUAAUGGUUGGCGCGGCCUCCAAAGCGCUUCGGGCCUCCGCACUUGCGGUCAAUACUGCAGAUAGCCUCACGGUACCAGGUGGUAAAGGCUUGCGUCGCGGUUCUGUCGACAAGAGUGUCUCGAUAUCGGCCGUACGGGCUUCCAGGUCUGUGGAUCGCCGCAUGAGUCAGUCAACGAUUCCCACCACACACGACAAGUACCAGCACGUCCUUAUUCAUGUCUUCAGCGCCGGCAAGGCAACGCUGGAGGGUACGCAGCUUGGCAAAAAGGUGGAGGCCGCCUUUGCGUCUUCGCCGGUGGCGUCGCGCGUAAAGUUCCACACAACUCUCACGACAAACUCCAGCAGCCUCGCUGCCUCGCUCACCGCACAGAGGCCGGAUGUUGUGGUUAUUGUAGUUGGCGCUGGAAAGUCCGAGUUCGACGCGGAAGAAACGAUUGCACUGUCUAGCCUUGACCGCCUGCGACGCGGGUCGGUAGGCGGCGAGAGACGACGCUCGAGCGAGAGUGGAGUGAUGUGCGCCUUCACACUCCUGCCUCCGGGAUGGAAGGCGAAGGUGGAGCGACGCUCGUCCUCAAAGAAGGAAGGAGCAGCAAGAAUAAGCAUGGAGCAAUAUGCGGCAGCACACAAUCCCAUAUAUUACCAUGAUAAUGUUUCAGAUGCCAUCUUGGAGAUGGAGCGGCGGCUCGAGUCGCAGUUCCCCGCUUCGCCCCUCGGUUUCCAAAGCGCAAGAGACGGCGAAGAGGAGAUUGGCAGGGCAACUACCGCCCCGCCGAAUAAAGUGCAGGUGCUUCAACAAUCCUUGGGUCAGAAGAAUUCAUUGUCCUUGCACAUAUCGGCUGCGAUCUCGCUGCCAUCUUCGCCGAGUGAAGCUUUUAAAAUGUCAAAGUGGAAGUCGCCCGAAGAGCGGCAGUCUGGGCCUGGGCCCCUCUUGGUGUCCCCAAACACAAACACUAAGGUUCUCUCAGUUGACUUACCCAAGGUGAAAACAGCACAAGACCCCAUUACGCGCUAA